GAGCGGCGAAGGCAGAGCAGAGCGGACAGCUGAGUAGAGGCCGGGAGAGACGGAGCCGGUCCGCCUCCCUGAAGCGCAGAGCCUCGAAGGCCGCGCAGCCGGCGCCUCCGGGCCCGAGGACUAGUGCAUGGCACCCCUAGAGCUGCGCUGAGCGCGAGGUGGCAUCACCGCAGGCGGCACUAUGGCCCUGGAGCAGGCUCUGCAGGCGGCGCGGCAGGGCGAACUGGACGUGCUCAAAGCCUUACAGGCCACUGGCCAGCUGGGACCCUCGAUGCGUGACCCUCUGGACGCGCUGCCAGUGCACCACGCGGCCCGCGCAGGCAAGCUGCACUGCCUGCGCUUCCUGGUGGAGGAGGCCGCCCUGCCCGCUGCGGCCAGAGCGCGCAACGGCGCCACACCGGCCCAUGACGCUGCCGCCACAGGUCACCUCGCCUGCCUGCAGUGGUUGCUCUGGCAGGGUAGCUGUGGAGUGCAGGACAAAGAUAAUUCUGGUGCCACAGUCCUGCAUCUGGCUGCCCGCUUCGGCCACCCCGAGGUGGUAAACUGGCUGCUGCAUCAUGGCGGUGGGGACCCCACCGUGGCCACAGACACAGGCGCCUUGCCUGUCCACUAUGCCGCCGCCAAAGGAGACUUCCCCUCCCUGAGGCUGCUCGUCAGAUACUACCCUGAGGGAGUGCAUGUCCAAACCAAGAAUGGUGCCACGCCCCUGUACCUGGCAUGCCAGGAGGGCCACCUGGAGGUUACGCAGUACCUGGUGCAGGAGUGCGGCGCGGAUCCGCACACGCGCGCUCAAGACGGCAUGACCCCGCUGCACGCGGCGGCACAAAUGGGUCACAGUCCCGUCAUCGUGUGGCUGGUGAGCUGCACAGACGUGAGCCUGUCCGAGCAGGACAAGGAUGGCGCCACGGCCAUGCACUUCGCGGCAAGCCGCGGCCACGCCAAAGUGCUCAGCUGGCUUCUUCUGCACGGUGGCGAGAUCUCCCCCGAUCUGUGGGGCGGGACCCCGUUGCACGAUGCCGCCGAGAACGGGGAGCUGGAGUGCUGCCAGAUCCUGGUGGUGAACGGCGCGGAGCUAGAUGUUCGCGACCGUGACGGGUACACGGCCGCCGACCUUUCGGACUACAACGGCCACAGCCACUGCACCCGCUACCUGCGCACGGUGGAAAACCUGAGUGUGGAGCACCGAGUGCUGUCCAGGGACCCAUCCGCUGAGCUGGAGCCAAAGCAGCCCGACUCGGGCAUGUCCUCACCCAAUACCACCAUGUCAGUCCAGCCGCUGAAUUUCGACCUCAGCUCACCCAAUAGUACCCUCUCCAACUACGAUUCCUGCCCCUCCAGCCGCUGCAGCAUAAAGGGUCGGCGCGCUUCCAGAGGGCUUCCUAGCACAAGAGCUGCAGACAUACAGGCCUACAUGGACAUGCUGAAUCCCGAGCUGGGCCUGCCUCAGGGCAAGAUGGGGCAACCCACACCUCCACCACCACCCAGCUUCCCCCCACCGCCCCCACCUCCACCUGGCUACCCAGCCCCCAAGCCUCCGGUGGGGCUUCAAGCAGCUGACAUCUAUGUGCAGACAAAGAACAAACUGCGCCACGUGGAGACGGAAGCUCUCAAGAAGGAGCUGAGUUCCCGCGACGGCGACAACGGGCUGCGGAGGCAGGACUCCGGCCGCAAGCCCCGCGCCGUCAGCAAGCAGCCCAGCACGGGGGACUACUACCGCCAGCUGGGCCGCUGCCUCGGGGAGCCGCUGGCCGCGCUCCCGGGCAUGGCGCACAGCGAGGAGGUGCGUGCUCGCCAGCCCGCGCCCGCCGACCGCCCGGGGCCCGGCCAAGCCGCCCGACGCUUACUCGCCGGCCCCUCCGCUCCCCCGCAGGCGGCGCUACUCUCCGGGAACCACUUGCAUAACGGCUGCAUCGCCGACCCCAAGGCGUCCAGGGAGUUGCCCCCGCCGCCACCGCCACCUCCACCCCUGCCCGAGGCCCUGAGCUCGCCGCCUCCAGCGCCUCCUCUGCCCUUUGAGGGCGUGGGUCCCGCCUGCGGACAACGCCGCUCCUCCUCAUCCACUGGCAGCACCAAGUCUUUCAACAUGAUGUCCCCAACUGGCGACAACUCGGAGCUGCUGGCUGAAAUCAAGGCGGGCAAGAGCCUGAAGCCAACGCCGCAGAGCAAGGGGCUGACCACAGUGUUCUCAGGCAGUGGACAGCAGGCCUCCCAGCCAAGCUCUCCACUGCCACUGGUGUCGCCCACACCAUCACGGGCCCGCAGCCCCACCCCGCCAGCCGCUGGGCCCCAACCACUGCUUAAUGGCAGCUUGGCCCCAGCGCCACCUGCCACUCCUGCGCCGGGUGUGCAGCUGGAUGUGGAGGCGCUCAUCCCCACACACGAUGAGCAGGGCCGGCCCAUCCCUGAGUGGAAGCGCCAGGUGAUGGUGCGAAAGCUGCAGCUGAAGAUGCAGGAGGAGGAGGAACAAAGGCGGAAGGAGGAGGAGGAGGAAGCCCGAUUGGCCAGCAUGCCUGCCUGGAGGCGGGACAUCCUGCGGAAGAAACUGGAAGAGGAGAGGGAGCAGAAGCGGAAAGAGGAGGAGAGACAGAAGCUAGAGGAGCAGCAGCGAGAGAAAGAACAGUCGGAGAAGCUGCGGACACUGGGCUACGAUGAGACCAAGCUGGCACCCUGGCAGCGACAGAUCAUCCUGAAGAAAGGGGACAUCGCUAAGUACUAG